GCGCCGGCCUGCGUCCCGUCGGGCUGCGCGCGAGGUCAGCGCGGGGUCAGCGGAGGUCGGCGGGAUCAGGAGCGCAGCGGCUCCGUGGCCCGGACGGGCGCGAGGGCAGCAUGUACACGCUGCUGUCGGGCCUGUACAAGUACGUGUUCCAGAAGGACGAGUACUGCAUCCUGAUCCUCGGCCUGGACAAUGCCGGCAAGACGACGUUCCUGGAACAGUCGAAAACCCGCUUUAACAAGAACUACAAGGGGAUGAGUCUGUCCAAAAUCACGACCACCGUGGGUCUGAACAUCGGCACUGUGGACGUGGCGAAGGCGCGCCUCAUGUUUUGGGACUUAGGGGGCCAGGAAGAGCUGCAGUCUCUGUGGGACAAGUACUAUGCGGAGUGUCACGGCGUCAUCUAUGUCAUCGAUUCCACGGAUGAGGAGAGGCUGGCUGAGUCCAAGCGAGCGUUUGAGAAGAUGGUCACGAGUGAGGCACUGGACGGCGUCCCCAUACUGGUGCUGGCCAACAAGCAGGAUGUUGAGACUUGCCUCUCCAUCCCCGACAUCAAGACCGCGUUCAGCGACUGUAGCUCCAAGAUCGGCAGGCGUGACUGUCUGACCCAGGCCUGCUCGGCUCUCACAGGCAAAGGGGUGCGUGAGGGCAUCGAGUGGAUGGUGAAGUGCGUCGUGCGGAACGUGCACCGGCCGCCGCGGCAGAGGGACAUCACGUAGGUGUGGCUGAUGGCCACCGGUGCCCACGACUCCUCCGAGUGCCCGCGAAGUGCCCUGCGGGCUCCCUGCCGCCAGCCCUGGGGGUCGGGUUUGCUUUUGCUUUUAGUUCUUCAUUUGCUUUGUUUUCUCUUUAAGACGAACUUUUCCCUGUGUCCGUGCAAGUGUAGGUAUCGGGAGGCUUUUGCCGAGGGAUCAGGGCAGUAGGACCCGCAUGUGAGCCGGGACUCCUGGGGUGUGUGCCCUGGCCCCCACCUGCUUUUCCCAGGGGUCCAGUCCGGAAACGGGCUUUCCCGGCGCUGGUCUGUGUAGCCGCCCCCACAGAGGAGGCUGUUGGGGUCAUGACUAUCCUCGGUCUCCAUCCCCUCUGGCCCUGGAGAUGGGUUGGGGGCUGGUGUCCUCUUGAGGGAGGGAAACCUGGCCCACUUUGCUGGAAGCCAGCGGGGGCCCUGGGUUCUGGGCCCUCAGAACAAGGCACAGGACAUCACCUCCUUUGGAUCCCCAGCAGGAGGGGAAGGAGUGAUUGUCCCCUCUCUGUGUGUCUGUCAUCAAUCCGGGACAGCCAGUUGCCAGGGUGGGGGGUGGAGGAGGGCACAGUGUGGGUGUUGGGAAGGUGGGCUGGGUUCCCGUGAAGCCCAGGUUGGUGCUGUGCUGGGCCUUCAUUCCCAGCUGGGGGUGAGGGGCAGGGUUCCCAUUCCGUCUGGGGACAAGCUGUCUGGAAGCCCACUUGGAAGCAUGUGCCCGGUAGCCCGGUCUCUGGGUGUGGCGGGUCCUUGGGCCGCUGCCUACAUGGCCCCUGCCAGAGCUGUCCGUCGCUGCUGGCUGCACUGUGUCCAGGAGGAUGGCGGUCUGAGUUGCUGCUGUCCAUCGCCCCUCCAGGAACCCAACCCUAGCCAGGGACUCCCGGCUGGCUGGGCACAGUGACCACAGCACCAGGGGCCCCCAGGCUGGAGCUCUGACCAACCUGGGCACUGCCUUUCUGCUUCUAUGGGAACGGCUGAGCCAGAGCCGGGGACCUGGUCUGGUCCCUGGCGGGGACCCUGGGAAUGGUUGCUGAGAAAGGCUGAGUCAGGGCUGGGUGGGGGGGCGCAGGUGAGGUGACUCAUGGGUUCCUGGGACGGAGGGGGCAGGCAUGGGGCUCCAGGGCCCAUGGGACAGGCUGGGAGUUCCCCAGGCUGCCCCUGGUGCGGUCCAGCCCUUCUCUGAGCCUGCCUGAGGGGAAAAGCCCGGUUUCUCAGAAAAGGCGGUGGGUCGCACCAGCCUGGAGGAGGUCCUUGGCUGGUUCCCUCCUGGGAAAUCCCCUGCCUCCUGGGACUGGGUGGAGUUCUAGUGGAGGGGUGGGGCGGGUGUCCUGGCGGCCCAGGGUACGGGCUUCUGCUGCCCGCUCCAAGCUGGGUCCUGUUCACCGCAAGAGUCCUACACUGGGUGUGCCCUCCCUCCAUACUGUCGCAGACAAGCAUGAUCUAGGGGGUCAUGGAACGAGCCUCGGGGUCGCCACGGUGCCCACAGCCGGAAGGGACGCACUUGCCACCUGCUGGCCGUCUCUAACGCUCCCUCCCACCGAGGGUCUGUUCAUUUGGGGUGACCAGCAGCCAGAGGAAGUGCCUGGAGCUUGAGAGCGCUUGGCGGGGGGGCGGCAUCCCCGCCGGGCGGGCUGCGCACGCUGUAGACACACACAGGCUCAGAGGACGUUGUACAAACAGCUUCAUAAGAAUAAACCUUGUUCGUGCAGCAGGA